ACAAUUGGAUAAUGAAUAUUUUCAAAAAAACUAUAGAAUAGGCUGGACUAAAUCCAACCUUAGCAAAUGGGAAACUGAAGCACUCCGUCAGUUGGGUGAAAAUGAAAAAAUUGUGAUAAAACCUGCAGAUAAAGGGAGCGCAGUGGUCCUCAUGGACAGGAAGGAUUAUCUGUGGGAGGGACACAGACAGCUUAACGAUCAAAAUUAUUAUACCAAAUUAGACAGACCUAUUUAUAAGGAUACCAUACCAGUAGUAAAUAAAAUUCUUUUAUCAUUAUAUAAUAAGAAAUUUAUUAACCACAAGCAAAUGACCUACCUCCAGGGAAAUAAAGAACCCAGAAUGCGUAGAUUUUACCUCUUGCCCAAAAUCCACAAAAAAAGAGAGUCUUGGAGCCUCCCUUACUGCAUCCCCCCGGGGCGCCCAAUUGUCUCCGAUUGUGAGAGCGAGACCUACCGCACAGCGGAAUUCAUAGAUUAUUAUUUAAAUCCUCUCUCAAUAUUACACCAAAGAUACAUUAAGGACACGUUCCAUUUUGUGGAAAUUAUUAAAAAUAUAGUUCCGCCAUCAGCUUUUCUUUUUUCCCUCGACGUCACGGCGCUGUACACCAAUAUACAGACCGCAGAAGGAUUAUUGGCUGUCAGAAAUAUAUUCCAGAAAUACCCCAAUAGCAAGAGACCGGAGAAGGAGCUCCUCCAACUCCUAGAAAUUAAUUUAACUAAAAAUGAUUUUGAAUUCGACGACCAAUACUUCCUACAGACCAGGGGGACAGCGAUGGGGAAACGGUUCGCUCCUGCCUAUGCUAAUAUAUUUAUGGCCGAAUGGGAAGAAAAAGCAUUAGCAGCCUGCGACAAAAAACCGUUAUAUUACUUCCGCUUUUUAGACGACAUAUGGGGCAUAUGGGAAUAUUCGAUAGAGGAUUUUGAACAGUUUAUGCUUACCUUAAAUGGGCAGAGGGACUCCAUAAAAUUAACUUCAACCAUUAAUCGGGACUCAAUUGACUUCCUGGACACGACGACCUUCAAAGGAGAUGACUUCUCCUCAACACACAGACUGGAUGUCAAAGUUUUUUUUUAAAAAACAGACACGCAUGCGCUGUUGUUCAGGUCCAGUCACCACCCACGCCAUACCUUUGCUGGUCUGGUAAAGUCUCAACUAUUGAGGUUCAAAAGGAUCUGCACCAGAAUAACAGAUUUUAAAGAAGCAACCAAAAUUCUAUUCUCCGCAUUGGCCACUAGGGGGUACUCCCGCACCAUGCUACGGCAGGCUUUGAGGACUUUCACUCAGCCUAAACCAAUUUGUCUGGACCCACUCCUGCCCAUUAUUGUAACAUAUUCUGCAGAAAAUGUUAAAUUGGUCAAAAAAUUAAAAAAUAAUUUUAUUUCCUCUGGAGGUAAUAGUGUUUUUCUGAAGGACCACAGGCUCAUUGCAGCUUUCAGAAAAAACAAAAAUUUGAGGGACAUUUUAGUCAAAGCCAAACUCAGGCCUUUACAAGCCCUGAAGACUAGGGCACAGGGGGAUUUCUAAGGAGGUACAGAACUGUACAGAAUCAGAGCUCAAAAGAGGUUUUCUUAACCCAAAAUAAUACAACUGUACAUCAGAAAAAUAUUUAUUUAAUUAGAUGCUCACAAUGUUCCAAGCAAUAUGUGGGGGAAUCAGGGAACUCUUUAUUGACCAGAUUUACCCAGCACAGGUACAAUAUAAACAGAAAAAAAUCUACACAUCCCCUUAGUCCAACACUUUGUGGACCACGGCUGGACCAACCUCAGGGCCACCAUCCUGGAGUCCAAUCCAGCAUGGUCGGUCCAGCAACGUAGGAGAAUGGAGAGGUCUUAGAUCCAAAAGCUAAAUGAGAGCCUAAAUGAGAGAUAGGAUAGGGGGGAAUUAGUCUAAAGUCCAUGGUUCAUUUUUUCAUUCCUAACCCUUAAACAUGAAGAAAAAAACAAAAAACUCAACCAGGAAGUUAUAUUCCGCCCACUUCCGGUUUGCCCACAGAUGUGUGACCCACACUAAUUUGAACAGAAGACUUAAAGACGCUUAUCAAACUUAUUCCCAAGUCUUUAGGACCUUCAGAAGCGAAGUUAUAGCGCAAACAGCCUUAGCCACGCCCAUUUUUGCAUAUAUGAACUAUUUUCGCCUUUAAAACUAAUUUUCACCCACUUCCCGUGGUCCUAUAUUAACAAAACUUAUAUCAUUUUACUCGGGGAUUCCUGCCCUUCCUUCCUAGUGUUUUAUCGCUGAAAUACCUUGUUUAAAAUUUUCUACCUAAAACCAUAAUACAACCGACUGUUACGAGCGAAGACUACAGGGGCGCAAAUAACCUCUCCGGCUAGAUUUUGAUUGCGCCUCCUGUAGUUGUGUGGUGUAUGGAACACAGGAAGGAAUUGAAAAUGACUGACCUGAACUCCAGGACCCUCGGUCCUGUUUGACCUGGGUGGUUCUAGCUUGCGCUGUUAACAGACACCCUUGUCAUUCAGGUGGGACACACGCCGGGACUUGAUCAACCCCGGUGGGCCAUCCUUGUUUGGGGUCCCCUGCUGGAGCUGCUCCCCCCGCGACCCGAUACCGGAUAAGCGGACGAAGAUGGAUGGAUGGACACAGAAAAUGACACAAAAACAGUGCCCGGAGUGCAAUGGCCAAUAUGCCAACUUGUCCGGGCCCUUAUGACAUGUGCAUGGUGUCACGGACUGGGAGGAAAGGCGACUGGCAUCAGGAAGAUAUGGAGGCCGACUGAGCUGCCCAGACAUGAAGUGCCAGGGUAUGACAUUCUUGUGGUUGGACUGCCACCUGGUCAAUGUGCACAACAUGGCAGUUGGCUUUUGCUCUUUUUAUAAUGAACAUAUGAAGGAGGCGAGGACGGCGGUAUUGCUGAGCCAGCGAAAGGUUGCUUUAAAAGGCUUCUAAAAAUAAAAAAAAUAAAUGAAAUAAGUCUGAUUCAACAAUCGCUGCUGUAUUUCGGGGAAGGAUCACCUACAGCCCCACAUCCACCUCAGCCUCAGGUAGCCGGGUCACCACCGACUGCUGGCUGUCCCUCACCUGCAGGCUGUCUGCCACCUGAGGGCUGCAGCAGUCAGUUUGCUGAGGAUGAGGAUGAUGCUCUGGAAGUGCUGUUUUCAUCUGGCCGAUCCCAGUGGGAUGACGACAGCCACGGACGAAAAUACAUCCGUCUCGAAAGAAAGAAAUGGCUUCACAACGGUCUCCAAUAAAGGAAAAAAAACAAGCAGGUUCAGCCAGCCAGCACCCCAAAGAAGCACAAAAAAAGACUUUGAGUACCUGAUAGCGAUGUUCAAAAAACUUAACUUCAAGAGGGAUAAACGCCAAUUUAGGAGUACUGUGAAAAACAUCAGGCGUUUUGUACGACACGUGGGGUGUGGGAAGCUCCCCGCCAUCCCACCUCAUGUUUUUAUCAAAGACUGGGAAGAUCAUGAGGUGGAUAGCAAAGCAGAAAAUGAAGAGGCUGGCACAAACGAGGGGGUACCUGGUGGACAUCUUGAGAUCCUGGACAGGGUGCUGAAACAGGAGCUCUCCAACCUC